AUGUUGGUAUCCGAUACUGUCGUUGAACCCUACAACACAACCCUUAGUGUUAAUCAACUUGUAGAAAACACUGAUGAAACAUAUUGCAUAGAUAACGAGGCACUAUACGAUAUUUGUUCUCGCACGCUUAAACUUAGUACGCCAACUUACGGAGACCUAAACCAUCUUAUAAGCACCACUAUGUCUGGAGUAACUACUUGCCUCAGAUUUCCCGGACAGUUGAAUGCGGAUUUGAGAAAAUUAGCCGUGAAUAUGGUGCCUUUCCCACGACUACACUUCUUUAUCACUGGUAUCACCCCUCUUACCAGCCGCUCUAGCCAGCCAUAUCGGGCACUUUCGGUACCAGAGCUUACACAGCAAAUGUUCGACUCCAAAAAUAUGAUGGCCGCCUGUGACCCUCGACAUGGACGCUAUAUGACAGUGGCAGCCAUGUUCCGGGGUCGAAUGUCCAUGAAGGAAAUUGAUGAGCAGAUGCUUCUUGCUCAGAACAAAAACUCUGCCUACUUUGUGGAAUGGAUACCAAAUAAUGUGAAGACGGCACUCUGUGACAUUCCGCCAAGAGGCAUGAAAAUGUCUGCUACUUUUAUUGGUAAUAACACGGCUAUUCAAGAGCUAUUCAAACGCGUAUCUGAACAAUUUUCCGCCAUGUUUCGAAGGAAAGCAUUUAUUCAUUGGUAUACCGGUGAAGGCAUGGACGAAAUGGAGUUUAGUGAGGCAGAAUCGAACAUGAAUGAUUUAGUGAGUGAGUACCAGCAAUACCAGGAUAACGAGCUCUUCGAAGAAGAAGAAUUCCAAGCGGAGCAAGAAGAAUAA